AUGUCUCAAUACACAGAGACCGCAACCUCACUAUGGUGGCCCGAAGAACGGAUCAAGGCCACCCUGGACACAAAGUACAUUGUUAGCCGCCUGCGCCAGGAAAAUAUCCCGCGGCUGUUUGAGUUGCCGCGAUGGGGCGAGGGGUUGACCAGCGAGACGUAUAUGGAAUAUAUCCUGCUCAAGGCUGGUCGGCUCUUUCUCAUUCUGGAUGCCAUUGGCAUUCCCAAUCGCAUCUUUGCGCUUGUUGAUGAGUCGUGUGAUGAUGAUGAUUUGCCCGUUGCCGAGCACAGUGUCGAUCUUCUGAAGCUUUGUCCCCAUGGGGAAGAUGUCACUAUCGAUACCCGCUUCUUCCAUGCGCAAUGGCGGUUUUUGGUCCGAGGCAUUGGGGAAGGUGAUCAUGUCGUCUAUACUGAGAAUGAGGGUGUGCCUGUUGAGGCCGUACGCUCUCAUACGAGUAGUGGGCUACAUGGUCGCGAUGAUACCGUUGACAAGGUUGUCCUUGCUGGUUCGGUCUGUCGAGUUUAUAUGCGCACUCAAGUGCAAGUCGGCGGUGCGCCACACUUCUUUUCCUCGACGGAGGUCCUCGCUGAGAUCCGCAAGCUGAGGAAGCUCUCCCAUGAACACCUCAUCUCGGUCUUUGCCUCCUAUCUCAAAGAUGACAGUGUCAGCGUGCUGUUCACCGGCGCUACGGCGGAUUGGACUCUGCACAGCUUCCUGACUGACGAGCCGUCAGCCUUCAAACGACUGUCCAAAGAGCAACGCCGCCAGACACUCAUCACCUGGCCUCACUGUCUGGCCUCGGCAGUCGCCUGGCUUCACGCCAGUGGUCAUUCCCACGGCGCAAUCCGGCCAUCAAACAUCUAUGUCGACGCCAAUUACCACAUCUGCCUCGGCCAAUUCCAAGCCCUAGACUCCCUCCUAAGUCCUCCACACGUGAACGACCUCGAGGCAUACAACUACUCAGCACCAGAACGCUGGGUUCGGCCCCCUGCACCAGCAGCAGCACCCCAAAAACCGCCGCCGCCACCCACAACCCUCCUCCAAUCCGGCGGACGAACAAAACGGCGCCAAAAGCCAGCCCGGCUAGCCCUAUCCCCUCUAAACGAAAGCCCACCCUCAGCGGAAAACACACGCCCAGACUCGGCCGCUUCAAAGGGAACAGUCAUCCGCAUAGGCCUACCAGGCUCACCAUCGCGCUUCUCCUUUGCCUUCUCCUCAUCCUCCUCAUCCUCAGGCGCAUCAUCAACAGCCUCAUCAGGAGCAACAGAUGCAACAAUGAGCCCACCCCAAAACCAAACUACAAAAAAAAACCGCCCCUCCUUCUGGCCACUAAAAUCAAGAGCAAGGUCCUUCCUCUCCUCCUCCUCGACCUCCUCCUCUUCAAAUGCCUCCUCAACAACCCGCUCCUCAACCCCUACCUCACCUUCAACAACAUCCCUAGCCCCAAGUACCUCACCAACAAACACCCUCCACCCCCCAAGCUCCUCCCUCCGCCAUUCAAAAUCGGCACAAUCCCUAACACCCUCCUUCCGCUCCUAUCGGCCCCCAACACCACACUCAACCCUCUCAAACCCAAUCCCAUCAUCAUCAUCAUCAUCAUCAUCAUCAUCAUUAAUCCCAAAAGACGCUCCAGCAGACCUCUUCUCCCUAGCAGCAAUAACCCUAGAUAUCCUAACAACCCUGCACAAACGAACCCUAGCAUCAUUCACAACGCACCGCUCAGCACGCAACAGAUCAGCAGGCCGCGGCGGCGGAAUGGCAGACGCAUCCUUCCACCUCUCCCGCAACAGCGUGCAGGUCCAAUCAUGGAUUGCGUUGUUGGAGGGCGAUGCGCUGAAACGCUGUCGCCGGGAUAGGAGGUCUGAUCUGUGUUUUUGGGCUGUGCCGCGUAUGCUGAUUGUUGUUCGGGCUAUGCUUGAUGGCGAUGGGGGGAAGAGGCCCAGUGCUAAAAGGGUUCGGAGGUGUUUUGGGGGCGCUGUUAGGAUUGGGUUUGGCGGGGAGGGGGUUCAUUGUGGGAAAGGUGGGAAUGGGAAGAAGGAUGGUGGGAAGGAGAAGGGGGAGAAGGAGAGGGAGAGGGUUGAUGGUGGUGGUUAUGGAAGGAGUCUGGAAGUCAUUGGUGAAGAAGGUGUUUCUUCUGGGUUUGGGUCUUACGCUGCUCCUCCUGCUUCGAUUGCACCCUCUGUUGUUCCCUCUGAGUCUGCUUCCGAGUUUGAUUUCGGGUUUGACGAUACGGGUAGUGGCACUGAGAGUGUUGUUGAUGAAAGUGAGGAUGAGACUGAGCAUGAGCGGGAGAAGGGACCUCAGAUCAAGAUUGCAGAAGAAGACUGCGAGGAGGAUGUUUCAGACGACGAGCCUGAGAUCCAUGUUGAUCGGGUUUCGCCUCAGUUGUAUUUGCCGGAUUUGGAUGUGAAUAUUACUGGGAUUGAGGGGUUGACGUUCACUAAUUAG